UUGGCAAACGUUGUUUUCUUUUCUAGGAUCCCAGGUUCCACUCUAGUUCACCAUCAGGGACGAGGACCAAACAGUCGUCGUCCUAGUAUCUUUUCAGCCAAAGGAAUCUAUCCAUCAGAGGAGAUGAGGAAGCACAAACUCUCCAAACUGUUUAAUUUCCAAAACGUAAAAGAGCGUGAAUGGCUGCAAGAAAUUUUACUUGAGGAGAGCGAUUCAGACGAUGAUGGGGAAAUGUUGUUUACCGUGCGGGAUAUUCGUGCUGCAGUGAAGGUGCAUCAGAUGCGACGAAAACUUCAGAAACGUUAUCACAGUGAUCGAUCGAAUAGCCAGUUCACAUACUAUUCAGCUGGACUGCUCAGCAAUGAUGACCCAUUUCCUGAUCAUCAGUCGAUGAUCCUUCGGAAUUUGACGCAGAAUCGAACAGAAUGA